CCACUCGUUACGACAAUUCUCUCCGAACUUCGCCAUCAUCCAUCAUUAUUUUAUUUUAAAUUCAUUAAUCCUUUAUCCUCGUUACUUGAUUACUUGAUAUAUCAUCACCUUGACGCUUUCUCCUCAUAAAUCAGGACUCGAAUCCGUUCCUGUCAAUCGUUUCAGUUCUUGUUCGUUUGUUUCUGCAAAUAUGGGGAGUGAAGGGGUGACGAUGAAGCAGGUGUUCGAUUCUGCGGCGGCGACUGCAGUGGUUAGUAAGCUGAGAGGAAAUUUCUCGGCAGGAAAGACUCGGAGCUACGAGUGGCGAGUGGCUCAGUUGAAUAGUAUGUUCAAGAUGCUUGACGAACGCGAGCCGGACAUUGUCGCUGCUCUUCGCGAUGAUCUCUCCAAGCCUGAACUUGAAGCCUCCAUUUACGAGGUAGGUGUGUUGAAAGGUUCUAUCCGAUUGGCACUCAAAGAACUAAAACGCUGGAUGGCACCAGAGAAGGCUAAAACUAAAAUGAACACUUUUCCUUCAUCUGCUGAAAUAGUGUCAGAACCACUGGGAGUCGUAUUGAUUAUCUCAGCAUGGAACUAUCCUUUCUUGUUGUCUCUUGAUCCAAUGGUUGGAGCCAUUGCUGCUGGUAAUGCCGUGGUUCUAAAGCCAUCUGAAAUUGCUCCAGCUUCAUCUUCAUUGCUUGCAAAAUUAGUACGGGAGUAUAUGGAUUCCUCUUCCAUUAGGGUGGUUGAAGGGGCUGUUGCUGAAACAUCUGCCUUGCUGGAGCAAAACUGGGAUAAAAUAUUUUAUACAGGCAAUGGAAGAGUUGCACGGAUUGUAAUGGCUGCUGCUGCAAAGCACCUUACACCAGUUGUCUUGGAGCUUGGAGGAAAAUCUCCCGUUGUUGUUGAUUCAGGCAUCAAUUUACAAGUUGCAACUCGUCGGAUUAUCAUGGGCAAGUGGGCUUGUAAUAAUGGACAAGCAUGCAUUUCUCCUGAUUAUGUUAUAACUACAAAAGAUUAUGCCCCAAAAUUGGUGGAUAGUCUGAAAUGCGAAUUGGAGAAAUUUUACGGGAUAAAUCCAAUGGAAUCAAAAGACUUAUCAUGCAUUGUGAACUCCAACCACUUUAUUCGCCUGUCAAAAAUGUUGGAUGAUGAUAAGGUUUCCGGAAAGAUAGUCCAUGGAGGUGAAAGGGACAAAACUAACUUAAGGAUUGCUCCAACUAUCCUGCUAGAUGUUCCUCAAGACUCUCUUAUCAUGAGUGAGGAGAUAUUUGGGCCCUUGCUUCCCAUACUCACAGUUGACAAAAUAGAGGAUAGCUUUGAUAUUAUAAACUCAGGAACAAAGCCGCUUGCAGCAUAUAUGUUUACAAACAACAAGAAGCUCAGGGAGCAAUUUGUAACAAUGGUCUCAGCAGGGGGUCUGGUUGUCAAUGACACAACUUUACAUCUUGCUGUAUCGACUCUACCAUUUGGCGGUGUCCAGGAGAGUGGGAUGGGAUCAUACCAUGGGAAAUUUUCUUUUGAUGCUUUUAGCCAUAAAAAGGCAGUGCUUUACAGAAGUCUUGCUGCUGACUCGGCUUUGAGAUAUCCACCAUAUACGCAGAGUAAGCUAAGAUUAAUGAAGAUUCUGAUGUCUGGUAGUAUAAUUGCCAUAAUUCGUGCCCUUCUGGGAUUCCCUAGGGCUUAAAAUGAUGUCUGGAUGUUUGCCUUGUGUGUAAGUUCUCUGUGUAUUUUGAUGUACUACGUUUUGUACUUAUAAUUUUUCAAUUUCAUCGAGACUGAUUAGUCUUGAAUAUAGAAGUGCAAUGUAAGUGUGUUGAUGCAA